GGUGGCGCCCACCUGAGGAGAGGAACGCCAGCCCGGUCAGGCCUCGGCAGGGCCUACACGCUUCGCUGGAUCGCUGGCUCCCGCCUCCCGCCCGGUGCCCGACCAUGGCAGAGCCCUUGUCUGCCCAGCGCCCAGUGCCUAUCGCGGAGUCGGAGCUGUACUUCCUCAUCGCCCGGUACCUAUCGGCGGGCUCAUGUUGGAGAGCGGCCCAGGUACUGGUGCCGGAGCUGGCGCAGUGCCAGUUGUUGCCGAAGGGGUUGGACUGGGAGAGCAACCAGCACAACAGGAGCUACGAGGAAUUGGUCUUGCCCAGUAAAGAUGUGGCUCCUGAUCAUGUAUUGCAAAUCUGCCAGCGCAUCGGUCCUAUGUUGGAUGAAGAAAUUACGGCUGGGCGCGAAAUUCCACCCAGUAUUUCAAGAGUCGCUUCUUUGUUUGGUGCAGGAAGGCAGUCUUUGCUACUUACAGCAAAAGGUAACUUAAUUUGA